GAAGAAGAAGAAGAUCGCUAAAAUGUACUCGUUGUUUGCUGGAUUUACCCAAAUUUACAAGCUGUGAUGUGAAUUGUCCAGAUGUGCAAACUCGAGAAAGUGUUUGUCAAUAAGGAGGAGAGUGAUGGAGGAGAUGUUGGAGUGGUGGGAUUUGUUCUACCUAACGCUGUUUUGAUACCUGACACAGUCCACACCACCGGACGUUUGUCAAAUGUUAUGCGUGCUGGUAGUUCAAAUCAAGUAAGAGUAGAGGAGUUUUCCCCUACCUAUGGUGGCGUGGAAAGCGCAUCAGAAAAAACAAAAAAAACUAAGAAAAAGGGUGCUUUUAAAAAAGCGGUGAAAGCUAUAAAGCGCCCAUUCCAGAGCCUCUGGAAAACCAAAGUCGAGAACAUCGUGCUUUGCCAGGAGCUUGAUGCCGAUCCAGGCAUUCCUGAGCCAAAGGCCGAUGUUGACUCUACCAGAGAUAAGCCAAAGGCUAAGAUCAGUCAGGACCAACCCAAACAAAAAGGGGCAAAGUUUCCCUUCUUUGACUGCCUCCGGAGGGGCAAAGUGGAGCCUCUGCCGUCUCCACAGCCUGAAGCCGUUGCAGCUCGUCCUGAUGAAUGGGAUGAUGCUGACCUCGGCAAUUCUCAGUCAAAGACUAACGUUGGUCCAGACAAACCUAACGCAAAGGCGAAAAUUCGCCAAUUCUUUAACCGCCUCCGGAGAAACGAUGGGGACCUUGUUGUGCCUUCUGCACGGCAUGAUGCCGAUACGGCUAAUCCUGUUUCAAAGGAUGAUGCCGAUCUGGCCAGUCCCUCUGUAGCCAUUGCCGCGCUACAGGAAGCUUCAGUUCCAGCUUAUAUUGGGCUAAAGAAGACAAACAAACAACCCAAACUAAAAGCUGUCAGCAGUCCUGAUACAAAGGAUGAUGCUGAUCUGGCCAGUACCUCUGUAGCCGAUGCCGAGUUACAGAAAGCUUCAGUUUCAACUUAUAUUGGACUUAAGAAGACUAAAAAACAACCCGAACUAAAAGCUGUCAGCAGUCCUGAUACAAAGGAUGAUGCUGAUCUGGCCAGUACCUCUGUACCCGAUGCCGAGUUACAGAAAGCGUCAGUUCCAGCUUAUAUUGGACUUAAGAAGACUAAAAAACAACCCGAACUAAAAGCUGUCAGCAGUCCCGAUACAAAGGAUGAUCCCGAUCUGGCCAGAACCUCUGUAGCCGAUGCCGAGUUACAGAAAGCUUCAGUUUCAACUUAUAUUGGACUUAAGAAGACUAACAACCAACCCGAACUAAAAGCUGUCAGCAGUCCCGAUACAAAGGAUGAUCCCGAUCUGGCCAGUACCUCUGUAGCCGAUGCCGAGUUACAGAAAGCGUCAGUUCCAGCUUAUAUUGGACUUAAGAAGACUAAAAAACAACCCGAACUAAAAGCUGUCAGCAGUCCCGAUACAAAGGAUGAUCCCGAUCUGGCCAGAACCUCUGUAGCCGAUGCGGAGUUACAGAAAGCUUCAGUUUCAACUUAUAUUGGACUUAAGAAGACUAACAACCAACCCGAACUAAAAGCUGUCAGCAGUCCCGAUACAAAGGAUGAUCCCGAUCUGGCCAGUACCUUUGUAGCCGAUGCCGAGCUACAGAAAGCUUCAGUUCCAGCUUAUAUCAGGCUAAAGGGUUGUGUAAAUCAUAAUCUUGAUUUAAAGAAUAGCAAACAAUUCAAACUAAAGGCUGCCAGUAAUCCUGACCCGAAAGUUCCAGACAACCCUGGGCAAAAAUCCUCCAGAAAUCCCAGACCAAAAUAUGAAGAAAACCGUUUGCAAAAAUUGUUCAGAAAUCCCAGACGAAAAGUUGAAGAAAAUCCUGGGCAAAAAUCAGGCAGAAAUCCCCGACCAAAACUUGAAGAUAACCCUGGGCAAAAAUCAGGCAGAAAUCCCCGACCAAAACUUGAAGAUAACCCUGGGCAAAAAUCGACCAGAAAUCCCAGACCAAAAGUUGAAAAAACCCCUGGGCAAAAAUCGACCAGAAAUCCCAGGCCAAAAGUUGAAGAAAAUCCUGGGCAAAAAUCGACCAGAAAUCCCAGACGAAAAGUUAAAGAAAAUCCUGGACAAAAAUUGGCCAGAAAUCUCAGACCAGAAGUUGAAGAAAAUCCGACGCUAAAAGUUGCUAAGGAACCUGAGCCAAAAGUUGAAAAUCCCACAAUAAGCGAUUUCCACUCUAAGUAUGAGGCAAAUCUCAUAGAUGGGGAAUCUGGCAAGGUCUUCAAAGGAAUUCGUAAAGCUGAUGGUAAAGAGGUCGCCAUCAAGUUUGUGGACAUAAACAUUUACACCAAGUUUCUUUCUGUUCCUGGAUAUUCCAAACCACUUCCAGAAGAAGUGGCAGUGAUGCUGAAGUUAAGAGAAGCUCCUGAAUGCCCCUAUGUUAUACAAAUGUAUGACUGGUAUGAGAUGGACAACAAGUUCAUACUGGUUUUUGAGUACCUAAGAAACUGUGACAAGUUGCGGACUUAUAUAAGACACCGAAGAAAACUGAAGGAAGAUAAAGCACGCUACCUAUUGCUUCAAUUAUUAAGAGCAGUUAAACACUGUUUGGAUAACGGCGUGUUAAACAAAAAUAUCGAAUCUUAUUGCAUCUUGGUGGAGAAAAGCAGUUUACACCUGAAGUUGUACGACUUUGACUGUGGUAUUCUAGUUGGCAGUGAUGGCUAUUCCAAAACAUAUCACGGAUAUAAGCAUGCAGCCUCCCCUGAGGACAUGAAUGUCUGUAUGUUGAGUUUUUUGCUGUAUGAGAUGCUGAAUGGCCAGGAGAUCUACAGUAUCCCGCUUUUUGUACAACAUCAGAAGACGAAUUUAAGUUUUAUAAUCCCUUUGUAUCAAGGGAUGCCUUUGAUCUCAUUCAUUGGGGCAUAGGCAUGCCAGAGGACCGACCGACAAUCCAUCAGUACUUUGCACAUGACUGGUUUAAGGGUGAAGGGGUACUGGACAUAAAUCCAUAUGAACAACCGGCAGUCAAUAAGAUCUUUGAAGAUGACUGGACUACUAAGGAAUGGCGCAGAAAAUUGAAAGCCCUCAAAGAAGAAAGACGAACAUUCAUAAAAAAGAAGGGGCUGUAACCUGCAAACUCAACACAAUUAUUCGGCUUAUACCACAGUUACCACAACAGACAUUGCUCUGGUGGUUAUUUUAAGACAUUAGACAAGUCAGGUGUGCGUUUAUUGAAAAAUAAUGCAUGCCUGUGGCCAGUCCUUUUGUAGCCGAUGCCGAGCUACAGAAAGCUUCAGUUCCAGCUUAUAUUGGACUAAAGAAGACUAACAAACAACCCAAACUAAAGGCUGGCAGCAAUCCUCAUUCAAAGGAUGAUCCCGAUCUGGCCAGUACCUCUGUAGCCGAUGCCGAGUUACAGGAAGCUUCAGUUCCAGCUUAUAUCGGGCUAAAGGGUUGUGGAAAUCUUAAUCUUGAUUUAAAAACUAGCAAACAAAUCAAACUAAAAGCUGGCAGUAAUCCUGACCCAAAACUUGAAGAAAAUCCUGGACAAAAAUCCGCCAGAAAUCCCAGACCAAAAGUUGAAGAAAAUCCUGGACAAAAAUCCGCCAGAAAUCCCAGACCAGAAGGUAAAGAAAAUUUGACGCUAAAAGCUGCUAAGGAACAUGAGCCAAAUGUUGAAGAAAAUCCCACACUAACAGAUUUCCACUCUAAGUAUGAGGCAAAUCUCAUAUAGGGGCAUUCUGGCAAGGUCUUCAAAGGAAUCCGUAAAGCUGAUGGUAAAGAGGACGCCGAGGACAAUGAGAAUACUGGCCGAAUACCGAAUACGACCACCGGCUGAACGCGUCCUUAUCCGUUUACAUACAUACAUACAUACAUUUAUAUAUAUAAAAUAUCUUCCAAGGGGUUUUUCCUCCUAGGACUUUUCCCAUUGGGUUUUUCUCCUAGGGGGUUUUUUCCCCCCCUGGGAGUCAGCCGACUUUGGCUUAACAUAGCACCCCCUUCUAUACGUUACAUAUUACUACGCUCGCUUGUUCAGUUUAAUCUUAUCCGCUGUAGUUUGCUACUUAUGUUGUCUAUCGAUUUUUCAGUGUUUCGCCUGCUUCUAUUAAUGUAAAGCUGCUUUGAAACAAUUACUAAUUGUGAAAAGCACUAUAUAAAUAAAAUUGAAUUGAAUCAUUUGCAAAAAAGUUAAACCCUUUCAUUGCUCCUCCUUUCAUGUGUACUUUAUUUUGGAUAUUAAUACUGAAUACUGUUACUGUUUUGCACCCAAAUUAUUGUCACUUUUA